AGGAGAGCGCACGGCAAGAAUUGAAAACAGCUGACAGCAGCAGACUUCCCCCUUUCAACCACUCGGAAAUUUAGACGCCAUCCAGAAACACAAGCAAAUAGAGGCUUUCAGGGGACCAGGAGCUCGGGCACAUGGCGAGGCGCACCUGGUGAGAUGUACAAAUCACUGCUGCACAACGUUUCACUCAAGGCGACAUCACGCAUAGUCAGACGCAGCGUGAGCAGCCAAGAGAAAGGCGCCAGCGGGAAACGCAAACCAAAAGCGAAGGCGAUGGAGGCGAGCUACGAUCGGAAUAGGCGAUGGACGCCAGUGGGGGAUCAGGCGGCUGCUGGUCGAAGCACACACAAGUUCAAGGUUGUCUCGUAUAACAUCCUGGCCCAGGAUCUGCUUCUGGAGCACUUUUUCCUGUACGUGGGCAUUCCGCAGGAGUUCCUUACCUGGCAACGUCGCCAGCAAAAUGUUCUCAGGGAACUGAUCAAACUGGAUCCGGAUAUCCUGUGCCUGCAGGAGAUGCAGUUCGAUCACCUGGCAGUGCUCGUUCAAAGACUGUGUAUGGGCAACGGCAAGAAGUUGGCAUACGUGUACAAAAAGAAGACCGGCCAUCGAACGGACGGAUGCGCUAUUGUCUAUGAUUGCUCCAAGUUCGAGUUGCUGGACCACCAAGCCGUGGAGCUGCACGACCAGGCGGUGGCCCUGCUCAAUCGCGACAAUGUGGCUCUGUUUGCCAGGUUCCGAUUCAAGAAGCAGCAGGAGCAGCAGAAGGAGUUCGUGGUGGCCACGACGCACCUGCUGUACAACCCGAAACGGAGCGAUGUGCGAUGCGCCCAGGUGGGAAGAAUUCUGGAGGAGCUGCACUCGUUUUCCACCGACACGCCCAUCGUCCUUACUGGUGACUUCAACAGUCUGCCCGACUCCUCGCCCAUUAAAUUACUCAUUGACAAAAAUGGGGAUGUAGAAUCCGAAGCUAGCGCAGAACAACUGCACUUCCAAAUCAUCGAUUCGGGCGAAGGAACUGCCUCUACAUACCAGAACGACUGGGUCAUCGUGGACUACAUCCUGCGCUCGCUAGGAGCGCGGAGCAGGCACAAGCUCUUGCCCCUCAGCGUCUACUCACUGCCCUCGAUCAAUCGGUGCUUUGCGACGGGACUGAUUCCCAACCACCAUCUCGGGUCAGACCACUACGCCUUGGGUGCAGUAUUCACCGUAGUCUAGUAUUUAACCCUUCACCUUGGACUCUUUAUCUUAGACUCAUCAAUAAAGGUAUGAAAUGAA